AUGGAUUUGGUUCUUGAGUUUUUCGACUCUUAUGGUCUGGACUAUGUGUAUUCCAAGACUUUGCCGGCUUCUUUGUCGUCGCAGGUGCCUGCGCAACUGCAUCAAAUGUUCGCCUUGAAUCAGGGCAACGCCAGCAGCCUUUUGGACUCGGCAGCAGCUUCGGCAGCAGCCUCUGCUGGAAAAUACGGAUAUGCUCCAUAUCUGUUCCAAUUCAGCGAAUACGUCGGAGCGUCGUUGCUGCCCCGCUACAACAUUUUCCGCCAGUUUUUGUCGCUCACGGCUAUCAUGACGGUUUUCGGCUGGGCGCUGUAUCUGGGUGUGGCAACGUUUUCGUACGUGUUCAUCUUCGACAAGGCGAUCUUCAACCAUCCACGGUAUUUGAAGAACCAGAUGUCGCUGGAGAUCAAGCAGGCGGUUUCUGCGAUCCCCGUUAUGGUCUUGUUGACCGUGCCCUGGUUCUUGGUGGAACUGCAAGGCUACUCGAAGCUGUACAUGACUGUUGACACCGAAAACCACGGUGUGCGCCAGUGGUUCCUCGAAUACGCGUAUUUCCUGCUUUUCACAGAUUGCGGCAUCUACCUGCUGCACAGAUGGCUGCACUGGCCUCGUGUGUACAAAGCGUUGCACAAGCCACACCACAAGUGGUUGGUGACCACCCCAUACGCUUCCCACGCUUUCCACCCGGUCGAUGGAUACUUCCAAUCGCUUCCAUACCACAUUUACCCCAUGCUAUUUCCUCUGCACAAGGUGUCCUACUUGAUUCUUUUCACUUUUGUCAACUUCUGGACCGUUAUGAUUCAUGACGGCGAGUACUUGGCCAACGAUCCGGUCGUCAAUGGCGCUGCGUGCCACACCGUCCACCACCUCUACUUCAACUACAACUACGGUCAGUUCACCACUCUAUGGGAUAGAUUGGGAGGUUCGUACCGUGAGCCAGACAGAGAACUGUUCAACAAAUCAUUGAAAAAGAGCACCAAGACCUGGGAAGAACAGGUCAAGAAGAUGGAAGUCAUCAAACAAAAGGUCGAAGGUAAAGAGGACGACAGAAUCUAUGGAACCGAAGAGAGUCUGAAGAAGAUCAAUUAG